AUUCGCUUUUGUAGUCAAAAUCUCUUUGAGGAACCAUAAAAAAAUAAUGGCCUCAAGCACUAAAUUCAAACUCUAUACGCCUUUGAUUUUGGCUUUGAUCAUCACAGUCUCCAGAGCCGAAUUAAGGGAGAUGAAAGAAACAAGUAUGACCUUAUAUUUCCAAGAACUAUACGUAGGGGCAAAUGCGACCGUAAUCCAAAUCACAACCGAUCAAGAUCAAGAAGGGCACUUAAGUUUCACCAAGUUCGGUACCAUGUUUUGCACCGAUGAUCCGAUAACGGAAGAAUUCGAAGUGACCUCCGUUCAGGUGGCUAGGGCUCAAGGUAUUUACGUAACCUCGGCCUUAGACGGUUCCCGUACACAUGUUUUGAUAUCCAUUGUGUUCGAAAAUGGUGACUAUAAAGGUAGCACUUUGGAAGUACAAGGUUCGAGUGCUCAGUUCGAUAAGGUCAGGGAGGUUGCGGUGGUUGGCGGCACCGGAAAACUCCGAUUUGCUCGUGGAUACGCCACUUUUGAGACUAUUCACCUCAACUUGGCGGCCGGCCGUGGUGUCAUCCAAUGCAAUAUCACCGUUCAACAUUAUUGA